UUGCUUUUCAUGUUCUUCGCGUGCUUGUUGCUGUCGCCUUUCCUCGUCGCCAUUUCUUCGUGUCUGCUUCGGCUUCGUGUGAAAUAGUUUUUGAUAGAGUCGCUAAAGGAGCUUCUUCGCUUCUUUCGACGACGUCGGAUCGGAAGUCACGACGGGAGCUCACUCGCUGCGAAGAUGGAUUGGCAAGGACAGAAGCUCGCAGAGAAGUUGAUGGAGAUAUUUCUCGUAGCGUUUGCUAUAGUGGCGUUUGUUGUGGGGUAUUCUAUAGGCUCCUUCCAGACUAUGCUUCUGAUCUAUGCUGCUGGGGUGCUGUUGACGACACUGGUUACUGUGCCCAACUGGCCGUUCUUCAAUCGCCACCCACUUAAUUGGUUGGAUCCCAGCGAGGUGGAACGCCAUCCUAAGCCUCAGCCUACUGCAGCCCAUUCUUCAAAGAAGAAGGCCACAAAGCAGAAGUAGUUCACAUUACAGCUUUUGGUAUUCAGUUGGUGUCUACUUGACCAAAUUCUGUUUGAAUGAUUCUUAAGAUCGACUGAACGCUUAUGUCUGGUAUAUUUAUCACUGCCUUUUUUUUGUAAUCAUCAGGUGAAUGCUUUGCACAAAACAAUUUAUGACUUUGAAACAUUUUCAUUUCUCUUAGUAGAAUUUAAAGGUUAUUAAAAAUGUA